ACAAAGUAAUAUCAUAAAAAAUUUCAACCCCACAAAAGCUUAAAUCCAAAACAACACAAAAAACACAGAGCAAAAUUUGCAGCAAUGGGGGACCCUUACGAAUAUGAUCGGUAUUACAAAAAUGCCACUUGUUCUUCUUCUUCUUCUCAAGCUGCUCAGCCGCAUUCGGCCCCCGACGACAUGUCGCUUUUUCUGCAGCAGAUUUUGGUGCGCUCGUCUAGUUCUUUGGCCUCCGUUGUGGCCCAGCCCGGGAAGGCCCCGCAGUUUUUGUUUUCGCCCUCGCCGUCCGUUGGUGCUCUUCUGCCUGGUAAUCUCGAGCAUCCGUGCCACUCUGGUUUCUUCGGGGACGAGAUCACGGCCAUUGAUUCUUCCUCCGCGUUUGUGUCCGCCGGUAAUCCCAAUGUGUCGUCGUCUUCGUUGGGGGCGAGUGAGAACGAGGCCGACGAGUAUGACUGUGAAAGCGAGGAGGGUCUUGAAGCGUUUGUGGAAGCGAAGUCAGGUGGGGGACGGAGUUCUUCAAAGAGAAGCAGAGCUGCAGAAGUUCAUAAUUUGUCUGAAAAGAGGAGGAGGAGUAGGAUCAACGAGAAAAUGAAGGCAUUGCAAAAUCUGAUCCCAAAUUCUAACAAGACGGACAAAGCUUCUAUGCUUGAUGAAGCCAUUGAGUACCUCAAGCAGCUUCAGCUUCAAGUUCAGAUGUUAUCAAUGAGAAAUGGUAUGAGUCUACAUUCUUUGUGCCUACCUGGAACUCUGCAACCUGUACAGCCCUCGCAAAUGAGAAUGGGGCUUGGUGAGGAAAUUAGGCCUCUGCAUUUGGACAUGACAAAUUUGUUCAAUUUAUCCAACCAAUGCACCGCUGCAAACGAGUCAUAUGUACCAGACAUGUCAAAUGUAGUUAAUUCAGAAACGUCGUUUGGGUUGGAACCGUCAAUUAAGGCUCACUUGAGACCCUUUCAACUGCCAGCCUCAUCUCAGGAAAUCUGCAGGGAGGACCUUUUGCAGCACCAACAAAUUAAUGUAAAUCGUUCGGAGAUGAAUCUUUCAGCCACUGAUUCACUUCCCUUUAACGCACGAGUAUCAGAUCUGAAGGGUACGUUUGAUGCACGCAUCAUAGGAAGGGACAGGCAGGAAGGCGGUCUCCUGAAUACUAUAGAACAAUACUUUCACAUUGAUAAGAAGAAGGGUCUCGAACGAUGCCAUCAAAACUGAAAGAAGGCACAGGUGAUGCAUGUUAAGCUCGGCUACCCUAACACAUUUUGGAUUUGGUGUAGCCACAACUUGUAACAGCUUAUGUAAUUCUCCAAAAUUUCUCAGAGCCUCAGUUGCAUGCUCGAAUUAUGCGUAUGCCUCAUAGCAGACCUGUGAUUCGUAAGAGUUUUCUCUUCAAUGCUUUUGGCAAGGCUUUUGAUACGUAAUUGGUAGAAAUAGUAAGGUGGGGAUGAGACACAUGUAAACUCUAUCUAUCCCUUCUUUCUAUGGUUCCUUUUAUUUGGAAAUUAUGCUCCUCGUCACAUUAUAAAUCAUCUGUCAUGUCUAA